GAAAAGAAGAACUUGGCUAGGCGCAGCACUGAAUGCUUGGAGUCGUCAUUUGCGCAUUGAACGCCCUCUCUUUAACUUCUCGCUGCUGACUAGAAACCACAAACACAAUGGAUGACAGCGGCAUACCCAAGGAGCUGGCUGCGGUGUUCAGGAUAAUCGAAGAAGACAAGGAUCAAAUGUUGUCCUGGCUGAAGGAGUUGGUUGCUAUUCCCACUGUGUCUGCAGAAGUGAGCCACCGCGAGGACAUCAUGUGCCUCAUACAGCAGACAGAAAAGAAGCUGAAGAAACACGGCGUGCACGUCACUUUGGAGCCUCUGGGUGACCAGAAGCUCUCGGACGGUAACACGAUACCGUACCCUCCUCUGCUUCUGGCCAGCACCAAGCACGACCCCAAGCGGAAGACGCUGUGCGUGUACGGCCACUUGGACGUUCAGCCUGCGCACAAGGAAGACGGAUGGGGCACGGAACCAUUCCAGCCCGUGGAAAAGGACGGCCGCCUGUUCGGCCGCGGCACCGCGCACAACAAGGGUCCGCUGACCGCCUGCAUCUGGGCUCUGUGCGCCUACCUGCAGAGCGCUGGAAGGCCCCCGCUCAACGUCAGGAUGCUGAUCGACAGCAUGCAGGAAGUGGACUCGCAGGGUAUCGCCGCUUACCUCAAGUCGAGCAACAAGAGCGAGCUGCUGGGCGGGAUCGACUACGUGUGCAUCUCGGACGGCGUCUGGCUGCGUCCGAAGACGCCGUGCCUUACCUACGCACUCCGGGGCAUAUGCCAUUUCCAAGUCGAAGUGACUUGCGCCGAUUCGGACCUUCAUUCUGGAGUCUACGGUGGAACAGCCAUCGAAGCGAUGCCCGACCUGAUGUACCUGCUCAACAGCUUGACUGACGCCGAGGGGCGAAUCAAGGUGCCGGGCAUCUAUGACGAAGUGCUGCCCUUGACGCAUGAGGAGCGCAAGGUGUACGAGGGCAUCAAAUUUGACCUUGAAGCGUACAGAAAGGAGGUGGGCGUCCCCAGGCUAGCCGUUGCCGACAAGGUGGAAUUACUGAUGCGUCGGUGGCGGUAUCCUUCGCUCUCUAUCCACGGCGUCGAGGGUGCCCACUGGUCGGCUGGCGACAAGGCUGUCAUACCGGCCCGGGUGGUGGGCAAGUUCUCGAUACGCACCGUGCCAAACCAGAGGGUGCAGAAGGUGCGCGAGUGCGUCGAGAAGCACCUGCAGGGCCAGUUCACCAAGCGGGGAAGCCCCAACCAAGUCAAGGUCAUCAUGACGCACUGUGCCGAACCUUGGUUCAUAGAUCCCAGUGGACCGAACUUCCAAGCCGCCGAGGCCGCCGUGAAACACGCGUACGGCGUGGUGCCCGAUAAGAUCCGCGGUGGCUUCACGGUGGGCCCGGCGAAGCUUAUCCAGGACAAUGUCUGCCGGGACGUGCUGGUCAUGUCCAUCAACCCGCCCGGCUGCGGGUUCCACUCGCAGAACGAGAGCGUCAGCGUCGCCGAUCUCGUCUCCGGGGCGAAGCUGUUCGCUGCUUACAUGCACGAGCUGUCCAAGCUGAAGUAACGAGCCGGCCGGAAGAAAGAAUGGCCCGUCAUCUGGGACCACUGCAGUGCGACGUACUUCGACGCGUGUUCUUCCUGGGAGCUGGAGGCCCUAUUUGAAGUGGCCGUUUUGUCUACAAGCUCGUCGAAUUAAGAACAGUGGUGACGCAGUCAUGUUAAGAAACUGUCUUUGCAGGCGAAGGGAAUUAUUUAUUUGUG